AUGGCCGAUUCAAACGAUAAUCUUCGAACCAUUGCAGUCAACUCAGAGACAGCUGAACUUGCAAGUAAGAGAAACGACCAAGGAAAAAUGGGAGAUUCAUACUAUGAAGAUCAACAUUCGGGACACAAUCAUUCCGCCAAUGAGAUUCAAUCGGCCAAAACACCGACUGGACUCUUCUCUGAGCAUGGCCAUUCUCUCACGCAAAUUCGUCCCAUGGCUAAACAUUCGGGCUCUUCAGUUGCUGCCUUCUUCACCGGCUUACACACCACCAUAAUUGGCAUCUCAUCUCUGGGUGCAAGCGUUACAUUCUCCUAUGUCCUUUCAAACAACACGCAAGAUGUGCCUGCCCAAAGUCCAAGAUUUUCAAAAGAACAAGUCCAGCAGUUCCUCGCCAUCAGCUGGCUUCUGUUCUUACUUGGAUUGGCAUUUGCGUCCUUGGGCUCUACCUUGUUGACUUUCUUCAAGAGUCACUGGAUAGCAGAUUGGGAUGGUUUGAAUGGAAAGAACAGUCAAUGGCAGGUUCAGAUGUAUGCCGUUCUGGCCAGCGGUGUGAUGGGCAGUUUGAUCAUUGGCGCGUUUAUCGUCUUGGGUUUGGUCGUGGUCGCCUAUUCUCCAAUUGUCGGUUGGAUUGCAGUCGGUUUCACUGCCGCCUUUGGUCUGUUUAUCCUUCUUGCCAUCAUCAAUCAGGCUCCAUGGCCUUGGCGAGACAACACCCCCAGCCACACUCACAGGCAUCGAACAGUCUGA